AUGAAGAAAACUAUAAAGGCUAUGUUAGAGACUCAGCAAGAACUAGAUCCAGAUAUUACUCCAGAUACAGAAGUUAUAGAUACCGAGGAAGAACUUAUUAAACAAUGUGAAGAAAUGUGGAAAGACAUGGAAGAAUGUCAGAAUAAAUUAUCACUCAUGGGAACCGAGACACUCACUAACUCAGACGCUCAGCUCUCAUUACUUAUUAUGCAAGCGAAAUGUUUGACUGCUGAACUUGGUCAUUGGAAAGAAAGAACACCUGAAAUAACUCCCAUGACUGAAGAUGUUUUGGUAACAUUAGGAAAAGAAGAGUUCCAAAAUUUGAGAUGCAAUCUUGAAAUGGUAGUAUCUACUAUUCAAUCAAAGAAUGAAAAGUUAAAGGAAGACUUAGAAAGGGAACAACAGUGGUUGGAUGAACAGCAACAAAUCCUGAAAUCUCUUAACAUAUUGCACAGCGAUUUGAAAAACCAAGUUGUGACAUUUUCUGAAUCAAGAAUCUUUAAUGAGCUGAAAGCUAAGGUGCUUAGUAUAAAAGAGUUUAAGGAGAAGCUCCUAUGUACCUUGGGUGAGUUUUUAGAAGACCAUUUUCCUCUGCCUGAUGGAACUAUUAAAAAGAAAAAGAAAAACACUCAAGAAUCAAAUGCACAGCUGAUAACACUAAAUGAAAUGAUAGAGAUGCUUAUAAAUAGAAUGUUUGAUGUUCCACAUGAUCCAUAUGUUAAAAUUAGUGAUUCCUUUUGGCCACCAUAUAUUGAGCUGCUUCUGCGGAAUGGAAUUGCUUUGCGACAUCCAGAAGAUCCAACACGGAUAAGAUUAGAAGCCUUCCAUCAGUAAAAUGGUGGUCUGUUUUCACACAAUAUGGAAUCUUCUUAUCCAUGGAUAAAGAAAACACACAACUAUUUAAAUAAAGAAUAU